AUGGGAGGUCGGAAGGUCGCCCUCGGUCAACCCCGCGUCCAGGCUAAGAGCGUCAAGAGCAGGGUCGCGAUAUCCUCGCGUCGCUCGAUUAUUUCGCGCGCCGUGCAGCCGCCCAACCAGGACAUGUCCGAGGCCGAGGCGCUCGCGCAGCAGCAGCCCCCACAGCCCAUGCCCCAGGCUGCCGCGCCACCGCCCCAGGAAGCCGCGCCACCGCCCGCCGAGCCCGCCCCCGCCGCGCCCGCCGAGCCCGUCGCCGCCGCGGUUCCCGCCGAGCCCGCGAUACCCACCCCGCCGCCUCUCACGCAGAAGCCCUACCCCGGCCUCUUCGACAUGCCCACCGCGGGCACGGCGCAGCCCAUGGGCGCGACGCUCUCCGCGGAUGGCGUCAACUUUGCCGUGUACGCCGCGCCCGAGUGCCUCGGCGUUCACCUCUGCAUCUGGAAGCCCGAGGACCUCAAGGCUGGCAAGGAGCCCACCGUGGAGAUCCCCCUCGAUCCCACCACCAACCGCACCGGCAACACCUGGCACAUCCACCUGCCCAAGGCGAGCGACCAGAUGCUGUACGGCUACCGCAUCAACGGGCAGAAGGACCAGCACAAGGGUCACCACUUCGACUGGGAGAACAUCCUGCUCGAUCCCUACGCCAAGGCCGUGCUCUCCGGUGAUCGCAAGAAGUACGGCGAGCAGUCCGCGAUGUGCCAGGUCGGAGAGGAGUGCUGGCCUCAGUACGCGGGCGCGGUUCCCUCCAGGCAGGACAACUUUGAUUGGGAGGGCGUGACCAGCCCCAAGUACGACCUGUCGGAGCUCUGCGUCUACGAGUGCCACGUCCGCGGUCUCACCGCGCAGGAGGGAGGCGGUACCUACGAUGACAUCAUCCCCAAGCUCCCUUACUUCAAGCGCAUGGGUUUCAACGCCCUUGAGCUUCUCCCGAUUCACGAGUUCAACGAGCUCGAGUACUACACCCCGAACCCGGUGACGGGCGAGAUGCGGUACAACUUCUGGGGGUACUCCACCGUCAACUUCUUCUCCCCGAAGCAGCUGUACGCCAAGUCCGCGGGCGACGACUGCGGCAGGGCGGCGAACAGGGAGUUCAAGACCCUUGUCAAGGAGUGCCACAGGAACGGCAUCGAGGUGAUCCUCGACGUGGUGUUCAAUCACACCGCCGAGGGUAACGAGCGCGGCCUCUCGCUCUCGUUCCGCGGCCUCGAUAACCGCACCUACUACAUGGUCGCCCCCGAGGGUCAGUUCUACAACUACUCCGGCUGCGGCAACACCUUCAACUGCAACCAUCCGUUGGUGAGGGAGUUCAUCUGCGACUGCCUCAAGUACUGGGUCACCGAGUACCACAUCGACGGUUUCAGGUUCGACCUCGCUUCCAUCCUGACCCGCGCGCCGUCCAACUGGCAGACGCCCAACGCCGAGGGUCAUCCCGGCACCGGUAUGGAAAACAACGAGAUCGGCGUCGGCGAGGCCCUCCCUGAUCCUCCCCUGAUUGCCGCCAUCUCCAACGACCCCAUACUCGGCAAGGUCAAGCUGAUCGCUGAGGCUUGGGAUGCCGGCGGCCUUUACCAGGUUGGCAACUUCCCCCACUACGGCAAGUGGGCUGAGUGGAACGGAAGGUUCAGGGACGAUACCCGCAACUUCAUCCGCGGUUUCGACGGCUACGCGGGCAUCUUCGCCGAGUGCCUCUGCGGGUCCCCCACCCUCUACUCGCAGGGUGGCCGAAAGCCGCAUCACACCGUCAACUUCAUCACCUGCCACGACGGCUUCACCCUCCGAGACCUGGUGUCAUACAACGAGAAGCAUAACGAGGCGAACGGCGAGAACAACCAGGACGGCGAGGAGUCUAACCUGAGCUGGAACUGCGGCCUCGGCCCCCACGAGGACGGCAUCAACGCCACCCCCGUUGCGAAAAUGCUCCGCGACCGCCAGAUGCGCAACUUUUUCACGGCGCUCUUCGUCGCGCAGGGCGUUCCCAUGAUUCACAUGGGCGACGAGUACGGUCACACUAAGGGUGGUAACAACAACACGUACUGCCACGACAACGAGAUGAACUGGAUGGACUGGGGCAUCGCGAAGGACCCGGUCAAGAAUGCCGGCUUGAGCCGCUUCAUGCGCCUCAUGCGCGCGUUCAAGGCGAGGCAGCCCGCGCUCCGCCUGAGCGAAUUCCCCAACGAAAACAACAUCAAGUGGCACGGACACGAGCCCGACCAGCCCAUGUGGGACGAGACGAGCCGCUUCGUGGCGUUCACCGUCAAGAGCCAUGAGGCCGGCGCCGAGAACUCCGAGCAGCUUUACGUCGCCUUCAACGCGCACCACCUCCCGGCCAAGGUUGUGCUCCCCAGUCCCCCCGAUGGAUGCGCGUGGAGGAUGGUGGCCGACUCGGCCCUGCAGCCCCCGUACGAUUUCCUCGACGCCGACGACAUCCCCGCGCAGUCCAAGGCGGCGGCGGAGGCUAUGAUCAGGCCCUCGCUCGCCGCGAACGUCUACACCGUGAUGGACCGCGCGUCUGUGGUGCUGCGCGCGGAGAGGGUGGCGCCGCUGCCGCCUCCCCCGGUGCCGGAGGUUCCCGCCGCCACCGCGGCGCCCGCGGCCGCGCCCGCGGCGGAGGCGCCUCCCGCCGAGGCUGCUCCUCCCCCGCAGGCGCCACCCGCGCAGUAA